CCCCCCGUUGAUACGCACGCACCACAGCUCUUCUAUGACCCGCUUAUCCACCCCCCGUCGAUGUUCCCUGGGGACCCCUCGUCAUCAAGCUUCGAUCAAUUCCACGAUCUCUCGACGACGACCGGCUACCCGACAAGCAAUAUAACAGCGGCAGACGAUAUCGACUGGACGGCCCUGGGCUGCUUGCCCGGUUCUGGAAACGGACUGAGCGAGCAUCCCGCCAAUAGUCUCGAGAGUCAGAGUCAGGGUUUCUCCAGCGUUGACUCUCCUGACCCCCCGUUCGAUCACAACCACAACCAAAACCAACCCAAAAUAACCACCACAGCACCUUCCACCCAUACCACAACCUCAACAUCAAGCCACUCAAGCAAAAUGCCCUCGGUAUCCUCAACCCUCCCCACCCCAUCUCCCGCCUCCCGCGAGUCCUCACCAAAGGACAACCCCUCGCGCAUCUCAAAGCGCCAACUCAACACCAUGGCCGCAAGACGCUACCGCCAGCGCCGCCUCGACCGGAUGACUCAGCUCGAGGAGGAACUGGAGGCCGUCAAGCGCGAACGCGACGAGUUGAAGAUGCGUGUUUCGAAACUUGAGGGCGAAACGGAGGCACUCAGGAGUAUGGCCAAGGAGAAGAGUUAGCGGGUUUGUUGUUGUUAGUUAUGAUAUGGCAAUAGAAUUGUUGCGGUGGCCUUG